AUGCGUCUCCUUCGAACUGAAGAUGACGGGUGGUACGUUAGCAUAUUCAGUAAUGAGCAUAACCAUCCUCUCUCUGAGAGCCGUGAGGAAACAAGACAAUGGCACUCGCACAGUGAGAUAGAUCCAUUUCUCAAAGACUUUGUGAACAAUCUUAGGGAAAAUAAUAUGAGUCUCAACAAGGUCUACAAUAUUCUCAAUGUGACACAUGGAGAAUGCACUGGCGCUCCGUUCCGCAAGGAAAACUUGAGGUACCUAUGCUCACGUCUUGCACAAGACUCAAUUUCAGAGGACAUGAGAAAAACAGCCAGAUUAUUGGAUGAUAUGAAAGCAGCAGACCCUUACUUGUCAGUACGUGUGGCUACUGAUGAUGAAGGAUCGCCAAAGUUUAUAUUGUGGUGCACUGGGAAGAAUAGGCAAGACUAUGUAUAUUUCGGUGAUGUAGUGACAUUUGACACAACUUAUAGGACUAACCUGUACAAUAUGCCAUUUGGCAUAUUUGUUGGAGUCAAUAACCAUUACCAGUCAACCAUCUUUGGAGGUGUUCUGAUGCGUGAGGAGACAAUAGUUGGUUUUGAGUGGGCUUUUAAAAAUUUUGUGGAGGUAAUGAAUGGGAAACAUCCUGUCACAAUGCUAACAGACCAGUGUAAAUCCAUGGAGGGAGCUAUCAAAUCUACUCUUCCACACACAAGGCACAGAUGGUGCAAGUGGCACGUGCUGAAAUGUGCAAAGGAACAUCUUGGUUACGCUUACAGCAAGAAGAGCGGAUUCAAAUAUGAAUUUCACAAGAUUAUAGAUGAGAUAAUAGAUGUUUCUGAGUUCGAAGAAAGUUGGUCAAAGCUCUUGGACAAGUAUAAUCUAUCUCAAAACAAGUACCUGAAUGCCCUUUAUUCAAACCGUGAGAAGUGGGCCAAACCUUAUUUCUCAAGUGUUUUUUGUGCUGGAAUGACUAGUACACAGAGAAGCGAAAGCGCAAUCACCUCCUGAAGCAAUACAUACCGCGGUCGUCACCCAUGCAUCUAUUUGUAAAGCAGUACAACAAUGUCCUCAAGUCAAGAAACACCGAUGAGGGGAAAGAACAACAUAUCACCAAGAGCAGUGCUACACACACGACACACUGCGCACGAUUCAUGGACGAUACUUAAAUCCAGC